AUGGAUCCGGAUACACUCACCGUAGAACAACUAAAAAAGGUACUGCGGCAACGUCAAUUGUCUAUAACCGGACGAAAGGCUGAAUUAAUUGCCAGAAUGCAGCAGGCGGAUCCUUCGGGCGCAUGGAUGAAAGAAGCGGCCCAGCAGCAUCCGGAGGACGACGACGAGGAGGAACAUGAUCAAGAAAAAGGGGCAAGACAGACAAGAAAUGACACGCAUAUUACGGUACGGGCGAAUGAGGACAUAGCCCGACGAGAAGCCGAGUUAAUGGAUAGAGAGCGCGAUCUAAUGCAAAGAGAGAUUGCGAUCUUGCGUCGAGAAAACGACAUGUUGCGGACGUCGCCGAGGAAUAACCUAUCUACGGUAUCCCGGACUCCACUCAACAUCAAAAACGUUUGUGAGAUCCUCAGCGAGUACGAUGGCGCAGGCGAUGACUUCGAGCGAUGGAAAACUCAGGUCAACUUGCUAAGAGAUACGUACGAGCUCGACGAAAAUGCCGCGAAGAUAUUAGUCGGCUCGAAACUGCGAGGGAAGGCAGCGGAUUGGUAUUCCUCUAUGGCCGAACAUUUAUCUAUGAGAGUGGAUAGGCUGCUAGAAAAGAUGGGCGCGAUGUUCGAUCAGCCAAUGAGCAGGCUGGAAAGAAAACGUAUAUUUGAGAAUCGAGUGUGGAAGAGAAAUGAGUCUUUCAGUGAUUAUUGCCACGAUAAAAUAAUUAAAGAAAAUAAGGUUCCGAUCCCAGAGGAAGAGAUGGUCGAAUACAUUAUCGACGGAAUACCUUGGAAAGCUCUGAAAAAUCAGGCGAGGAUGCAAUCCUUCUCGACAGUGCACGAGUUGACGAAAGCGUUUCGUCGAAUUACGUUAGAAGCACCGGACACCUUUCAAGCUCAUCGUGAAGCCUCGAGUCCCAAGAACAUGAAGCUCAAGACCGCAUCUCCUAAAGAAGCUUUGGGAGGCAGCCCCAAACCAAAAACAAAAGGUCUAGUGAGAUGCUACCAAUGUGAUGAGGUGGGCCAUUACGCGAAAGACUGUCCUACGGCAAAGGAGAAGCACAAGAAGACGAGCAAGGACAAGAAGACGGAACGGGGCAACAAGAAGGCCGAGCGUCAAGUGAACUUGGUCGACGGAACCGAGCAGUCAGCCUCGGAGAAAAGCGAGUCCGAGAGUGAUGACCAGCCAGAGGAAAACGACAAAAUCCACUUUGUGGAUACGCACGAAGAACUUCGAGACGAGUUCCAGAGGGUGGCAAUCCUACGAGUACGAGGAGGUGCACCAGUCUCAUGCACGGUCAGGAUCGACACUGGAUGCCCAAUUACUCUUAUUCAGGAAAGUGUAAUAAAUAUUAAAGACUUAAAACCUGCAGGACAGGAAUGGAAUAGAUAUCACGGUAUUAAUAAUUCCAAACUCCUAGUGAAGGGAGUGAUUAAAGCCAAUCUCACGAUGGAUGGCUGUAGUAAAUCGGUAUCUAUAGGCGUAGUAUCGGAUAAUACGAUGUCUAUUCCAUUACUGAUAGGUAGAGACACAUUAAAAUUCUUUGACUAUCGUUUGACAAACAGUCCAAUGUUAGAUAAGGCAGUGAGUGAGAUAUUGUUAAUUUGCAAUGAUUCGAAUAACACUGAUAUUAAUGUAAACCCUGAUCUCCCACCUAAUGUUUGCGAAUUGUUUAAGGAUACAUUCAUUAAUUAUUAUGUAAAGCCGGUUAGGCCGGAGGUUCCUGAAGUACAAAUGGAAGCUAAGCUGGUUUUAAAAGAGAAUAAAUUGGUACAGUUUGGUCCUAGGAGGUUAGGUUACGCGGAAAAGGAAAAACUUCGACAGAUACUGAACGAUUUGUUGAAACGGAAUAUAAUUAGAGAAAGUGUUUCAGAGUAUGCCUCCCCAAUCGUGCUAGUUCGAAAAAAGAAUGGAGAAAUUAGGAUGUGUAUAGACUACCGUGCAGUAUUUCAGCGAUAUUUAAGUAAAACUUUGUCGAAAGUAACCGCGCCGGAUCCGGAACCUGAACCGGUACCAGAAUCUUUGGAACCGAGCAAUGAGGUAUUGUCAAAAUCGAUUGAGCCAAUUACGGGGUCCGAACCCGUGACUGAAUCGUCAGCGGAUCUAGAAAUAAAUAGCGAAAUCCUAUCGGGAUCAACCGCAUCGGUGCCGGAUUCCGAAUCCGUAUCUGAACCUCAUCCCGCGGAUUUUGAAGAGGUUUACGUUGGCAAUUAUAUAGAUGACGUAGUAAUCGCGACUAAAACAUUAAAAGCGCAUAUCGAUAUGUUAAAAAAGGUUUUUACGGUCUUAGUCAAUAAUAAGCUCGAAUUAAAACUAGAAAAAUGUGUUUUUAUAUACACAGAAGUGGAAUAUUUAGGCUAUAAAGUAUCCGAAAGGGGAAUACAACCCACUGAUAGAGGUAUUAGGGCGGUGCAGAAUUUCCCCGAACCCAAGACGGUAAAGGAAGUCCACUCCUUUGUUGGACUGGCUUCAUACUUUCGGCGAUUUAUCAGAAAUUUCUCCAUUAUCGCGAGACCACUAUAUAAUCUUAUCAGGAAAGAUGUUGCUUUCGAAUUCGGAGAGUGUGAGAGAAACGCAUUCAUAACAUUAAAAAGUAAAUUAAUAGAAGCACCAAUACUAGCUGUAUAUAAUCCGAAAGCCAGCACAGAGCUGCAUUGCGACGCAAGCAUGCAUGGGUUCGGAGCAAUUCUGAUGCAAAAGCAAGACGAUAACAAAAUGCACCCGGUAUUCUACUUCAGUCGGCGAACUACUGAGGUGGAAACUCGGUACCACAGCUUCGAGCUGGAAACCUUAGCCAUU